GAUCGAUAGACGGCUAGGUUUCCCAGCAACCACAGGAAAGGAGUUCGUUUCGUUGCCGUUAUCGAGAAAUUCCACCUCUGUUUCGCGUCGACUGUGUUUACGGACAAAACCAUGCGGUUUACGACGGUCGAGCCAUCGUGGGCGAUAUUUGGAAAGAGCCGCGACAUCGCGUACAUCGGAAGGGACGCGAUCGGAAUCGUCUCCGGAAUUUACGCGCGUUUCUUCGACGCGAGAAGCGGAGAGUCGCGAAUCGAGCGGUUCGAUGGCCACGAAAGAGGAGACGGCGCAUCCUGCAUCGCAGGACACUCGGUAGCGUCGAUCUUUUCCCUGGUGGAAAGGAGACCGAAUCCCAGAAUCUCUAUUUUCGGUUAUCCGUCUAUACAACGAAUAGCAUGCUGCGCAAACAGUAGAGAUGCAAAUGGAUACACGUGCUGCGCAUUCACAAGCACCGAAUAUCUCCUCGGACAAACUAUUUAUCCUGACUGUCUCGUAAUUCUUUGGCAUUGGAGAACCGGCGAUCGGGUGAUCACGAUAGACGCGGGAACGAUCGACCUUUGUAGCACGACAAUCGCUUGUUCUAACGAUUCACCCCAGCUGGUAGGACGACUCGCGCCAGACAGUGGCACUCUCUCCGUCUAUCGUAUUCUCGUUUGCUCCAAGAUCGUUCGACUGUUUCCAAUCGAGGUUGCUAUGGACUCUAGCCGCAAGCCAGUCGCCUUCUCUUGGUCCACGGGAGGGACGUUGCUUCUAUGCGACGAGUUAGGCACGAUUUGGUCCGUCGACUUGGACGAGAAUGAAAAUCGUCGCGUGCAAACGAUCGUUCAAGCCUCGUUUCGUUCGCAAAGGAAUCCCGUACUGGUGGCUCACAAGGGAGGUGCGUUGAUCGUCCAAGUUCACGCAGAAACGGAUCACAAAGUUCGAGCAACGUUUUAUAGAAAAGAGUCGAAGGAACGCAGCGAGAAUUGGAGCGCAGUCUGGACGACUUUGCUGCCGUCGUACCCAAGCUGGGCGCGGAGUCAUCCGCACGACGACAAGAUUUUGAUCCUCGGAGAGAACGGCGAGAUAUUCGAAAUGAUUUGUUCGUCGCGCGACAAACCUCCGCGGCUCGACUUUUUGCUGAGAGAAGGUUCGAGUUAUACAGCGAUUGCUCCGUUCUCUAAUCAAUAUCUCGGAGCUAUGGGUCUCUCUCAGCGACUGGUCGUUCUCGAUACGUUUACCGGAAAUGUCGUCACCGUAACAAAACACCUGUCGUUGAAGCAUCACGGCGAAGUGGUCUGCUUGAUCUCGCAUCCAUCGACGUCGAUUUUGGCAACGUGCAGCGCUACGGGAAGCUGCGUUUUCGUAGACGCUUCCGCGCCCUCUUCUCCGAAGAUCUUGAGCUGCGUUCACUUGCAGAACGAACCCUUGAAUCGCAUGAAAUUCUCAGAGGAAGGACGAAUUCUCGGUGUUGGGUCUUCUCAACCGGGGCGGUUGUUUCUCCUAGUCGCGACGAAAUGCUCUGGUGAAACGAGCAUAAAAGUCACGGCCACGAUAAUCGUUCAACGAAAGAUAGUCGACUUUCUUGUUUACGAAACGGAGGAGCGCCGCGCGGCCAAAGUCUUGGUUCUCGUCGAAUGUUUCGAUUCGAAGGAUUCUCGAGUCGGGGACGAGAUCCUGGUGUACUCGUCGGAACUUAACGGCGCUUAUCGCGAGACCGCCGAUCGUGCGAUAAAGCUGACGGCUUCGUUUGAGAGUCUUCUUUAUGGCAGAGAAGGAAGUGGAGAAAUAUUUGGAGCACCUUAUCUGUCGCGGCAGCUACAUAGAAUUCAGUUUAAGGCAAACUUUAGCGACGCGGUCGUUUUGGAUGCUCUUCCCUCUUUACACCUGACGAGGAACGUCGAGAUAGGCUUUCAUCGCACAGGGACGCGUAGCUUCUCCCGAUUCCUCAGCUGCGGCUACGACGGAUUGAUCAUUUUGAGAGACGCCUCGGAACCGCAACGAGUGUUGGCGGUAUUUGUUGGGCAUCACAGAACCCAGGGGGGCACUCGAUGCGCUGCGAUCGUCGGCGACUCUGUCGUUUCCCUCGGCAGGAACGGAGACCUGGUCGCCAACAGGCUACGUCAGCCAUUCGUUCUUAACCCUUCCAACUCGCCGGGCAUUUUUGUGAAUUUGAUUUCGGAUGAGUCUGCUCGGAGUGAAACAGGAGGGACGAACAACGGAGGCGAGCAAGAAACGAUAGCCGCCGAUUGGUCAACGGAAACCUGGAUGGAAGCAAUAAUGCGCGACAAAACGAUGACCGAGAAAAAGCAAGACCUAUCGGCGCGUCUCUCGAUUCUUCGCGAUUUAAACGGGAUAAGAUGUCGCGUAAAGACGCUGCUCGAUUCGAACGAGAACGAGUCAUCGGAUGCACGGCUACCGAUCAGCGCGUUCGAUCUCGAUCAGGCAGCUCGAGAAUGCAAGUUGAUAGAAAUGAAAUCGAUACAAGAACAGCUGAUCAAGGACUCCGAGGAACGCAUCGCGAGUCGCGAACGAGCGAUUUCCUUUUUGCGUAAACGUUUCGUCGAGCCCUUGCUCGUUCUACCCAGAACCAUAUCCUCUAUAUUCGGUGAAUCGAAAGUCGCCAACUAUCCCCUCGUGAAAAUCGCCUCAAGAGAGGCCGACCAUCGAUCCUGGUGUCGAUUCUCCAUGGAAAUUAGGGAGCUCGUGUCCAGAUUCGAGGAGGAGAUUUCGGCUGGUACACUGAAAGAACAGACUCCUUUCUAUCCCUGGCGCGGGUACGUGGAUGUUCUUCAAGCGUGUGCUGUCGCGGAGGAACGCGAACUCGAUUUCAAGAUUCGAUUCAACGAAAAUUUCGAGGAGACGCGAUCCGCGAAGAAGAACGAAACUAAAAUGGCGAUCGAACGCGUCGGGAAAACGCGUCGUUGCGUCGACGAAUUGAAAGAAAUGUUUCUCGUCGAUGCAAGUUCGGACAUCCUAGACAUUUCACGGUGGCGCGGAAUCGAAACGGUCGACGACUGCGACGACUUCCUUUCGCCUUGCAGCGAAUCCAUAAACCCGAAGGAAGAAGAGGACUGUCCCCCGGUAGAGGAAAUUUGCUCCAGGACCGUUAGAUUUCGAUUGCAGACGCUGGAGCAAAUGAUGAACGGUGUCCUCGAAGUCAGGUUAGAGGAUAACGCGAAGAGGUUCAUCCCAAAGCCCAAGUGUCUGGGCCAAAAGGACCCUUCAAUUUACACGAAGAAAGAAGUCGUUGCGAUCGAGUCGUACGAGAGGGAAGUCCGAGCACGGGAAGCUUAUCGAUCCGAAUACAGGUCGAUGCUGGAAGAUGAAAUCGAGCGUGUAAAAGACCAACUCUCGAAUGGUGGGAAAGCGUUCGACGACAAACUUGCCAAACUCGCCGCGGAAAAGAUUCGAGUAGAGAGAUCCGUGCUUCUGGAAAAAUUGUCCAAGGUACAAAUGAUCAUAGGACACCGAAGGAUAGCUCGACAAAGACGCGAGAUCCUACGCGUUACCGAGAUGGAACUGAUUCCCGCGACGAAGCAGACGCGCAGCCUCGCCGAGGAGUGCGAGUUGUUCGAGGCUGGCAUCGUCGAGCUGAGAAACCGGUACGAAAAUCUCCGCAAGCGGGACAAGCUGCUCGAAGGGAGAUUUCGCGUAGAAUUCGAGUCCGAGUUGAAGCAACCGAUGGUGGAUCAUCUCUUCAGGCAAUACCGUCGAAGGCCCAGAACCGCGGGAGCCGUUUGCGGAACGUCUCUCGUGUUUCUCGCUGGACUCGCCGAACGUGUAAUCGAAGAUCGUAAUCGGGAAUCUCAGAUUUUACCACGAGAAUGGCAGGACUACUUGAGGGCAUUGGAAGCUCUCGACGCGGUGCCGGACAGCCUGCCCUCUCGGAUAGACCCCUGUCAUUGGCGCACAACCUGUCGGCUGAGAAGACUGAAGGUGGAAGCAGAGAUCAAGGUCAGGAGCUGCGCGAUCGAGCUAGCGGAAGCGGAACAGAGCCUCGCGUUCUAUCGAAAGGCCUGUCUGGUCGGCCGAGCGACGGUCAAUCGACGCAAAGAGACGGUGCAACGCCUAGAAAAAUCGUUGGUCGAUCUGACGGAUGACAGGGAAGUUCCGUUGGUUCUGAAGACUGGGCAGCUACAGAAACAACCUCGCGGCGACUCGAGUUCCGAAUGGGAAGAGGCUAUUUUGAUUCCGCGACGAGAGCUCGAUCGCGUGAAAGAAGCUAUCGUAAAAGCCGGAGAGCAAAAAUUGGCAGCUCUGCAACAGGUCGCGAGGCUCAAAAGAACCACGUCUCUCGAGGAGUGGCGACACAGGCUCGUAAAAAAAACCAUGGAAGAUUUGCAGGAAAGCCUGAAGGAUCUUUCGAGCGUCAAGGUAAGCAGAAUCGUGCGAGAGUGCGUCGAUCGUUAUCCGAGCGGGACCAUACCAAAGAAGGAAAUGGAAACGCUCGAGAAGAACUUCCGUGUGCGACAAACAAAACUCGAGGAGGCGAUGGAAGAAGAAAGGGCUAGAUUGCGACGGAUCGCGAACGAGGCGCGAAAGUGGCGAGAAACGAAUGCAAAAUUGGUCCGCGAGAUCGAACGGUCAACGACCGAAAGGGAUAAGCUUGUUGUCGCGACGCGCGAUCCUCUUCGCUCGAAGGCCGCCGCGUUUCAGCGAAAAAAGAUGCGAGCUAUAAGACGGAAAACUCGUCUCGCGCAAACAAUCCGCGAUAACCUCGAAGAAUUGCUGGUUUUACACAGCAGGCUGGAAAUUUCCAAGCUCAAAACUUACCCAACGUUGAGGUUCAAAAUUUAACUUGAAAACCGAUUACAUUUUAUAUUUUUGAAGACAGUUAAUUUCUCCAUUACCUAUUCCUAAGGUCAGCGCUGUUGCUAGGUAAUCGUGCGAACGUUUCCAGUUUAUUCGGUCGAUUAUAUCAUCCGCGCCACGGUAACGUCGAUCUCAGAGAUUUAUAUUCACAAUAUACAUAGAUUAAAAUCGGAGAAAUAAUGUUAUGGAUGUUUCGACAAUUACAUUCACUGGAAGAGUAGAGCACGUCGGAACGAACAACAGUAAAUAGAAGGUCGGUCAUUCGACCAUUAUUCGUGCGAUUAAUCUAACCUCGGUUGAUCUGGGAAGUCCCAGUCAACGUAUGGUAAACGAUCUCGAUUAGCGGGAUUUCCACGGGACGGUCGUGUUUUCCUCUAAGACAGAUAUCCCCUUCGCGAUAAUGCCUUUAGAGCCUCGUGGACCAGAGGUCAGAUCAGUUAUCAGCUGUUGUUUUCGUCAAUGAAACGUAUAAUAGCGUCGCAUCGAAGAGAGUAGUUUCUUCGGUUGGCGUUGCAACCUUGACACGCAGCGAAUCGCACAGGUCGUUUGCAUGCAGCUCGUCGUUCGAUGGACCAAUCAGCGAACGUCUACUCUCAACAUUUGCGCGGUCGUUCGUAAAUAGGGAUGGAUUCGAGCUCGAAAAAGUUCACUUUUGUUUCGUGCAAAUAACAUUACAACUUGCACUCUUUUUCGUUAUAAAAAUAACAAGAAACAAAUAAAUAAAUAAACGAGUUUGACUCGAGAAUUGUUUUCAAAGAACUGUUUUUGCAGAAACAGUUUACGUUAACGAUAAUUUUGCAGAUACGCAAUUUUGAUUAAUGUCAGGAAAGCAACGGGAUGUCGAGUACAUACCUUGUACCAUGCCGUUUGUCCUAAAGAAAUCCAACUAGUUGGGGACUCGAUCCCAUCGCUAAUCGUAAACCAUGGAGACAAAUAGACCCGGUUGGCCGAAGGAGGAAAAAUAAAUUUAAAAAAGCAACGCGAUUAACGCCGUGAAUUCCGAAAGAGGCAGACUCGCGAACCGACCAGAUGUUCGCGAGAAAAAGAGAGGAAA